UUUUUUUUUUUUCUUUUUUUUUCUUCCCCCCAAAGUGCGGAAGACGCGUGUGUGAUCGUUGUUUAGUAGGUACACCAAACCACGGACAUGGCUCUGGGAUGGCAGGCGAGGAUCUCCAUUGCUGCUAUACUGUUGCUCUGCACCGAAGACACUUUGAGCCUGGGUGACCGAACAAUGGACGGCUCGGAGCGCCACGGGACCGCGAAUCGGCCGCGGCAGCAGCUACUCGACGUAGGUCAAAAGUCAAAGCUAGAGCCCGGAUUCGACCUCUCGCAACAAAUCAACGUCACUGCCCUCGUCGGCAAGACGGCCUACCUCACCUGCAGAGUGCAUAACCUUGGCAACAAAACAGUGUCCUGGGUGAGACAUCGGGACAUCCACAUCUUGACAGCGGGGGCGUACACAUACACGAGCGACGAGCGGUUUCAGGCGCUGCACAAACCGAACACAGGCUUGAGUAACGAGUGGUCCGAGUGGACUCUGUCGAUCAAGUGGGCCCAAGAGCGUGACGAGGGCAUCUACGAGUGUCAGAUUUCGACGAUUCCAGUCAAAGCCCACCAGUACUACCUCAACGUCGUUGUGCCCACGGCGACGAUACUCGGCGGCCCGGAGCUCUACGUGGGCGCGGGCAGCACGAUAAACCUGACCUGCACGAUCCACUUCAGCUGGGAGCCCCCGGCCUUCAUAUUCUGGUACUACAACGACGCGGUCAUGAGCUACGACAGUCCCAGGGGCGGGGUCUCGGUCAUCACGGAGAAGGGCAGCGACGUCACGACCUCGUGGCUCCUCAUACAGGCGGCCCAGCCCGGCGACUCCGGGGAGUACAAGUGCAAGCCGAGCAACGCCAACGUCUCCUCGAUCAGGGUCCACGUGCUCACUGGUGAGCGUCCGGAAGCUAUGCAAACGGGCACGGCCGGACCUAUUCUAUCAUCGAGCUGUCUUUUGGUGUCGCUCAUCAUUUUGUACAUAUCCUCGGUGUAAAGCUCCCAGCUGCCAUCCACCCAAGUUUAAAAAAAAGCACGGGACCGAGAGCAGAAGCGAUCACGUGUCCAGCACAAGAGGGUUACUACAAACGACAGCAAAAAAAAGUACGUACGUAGCGGGUGCGCGAAAUGAAGUUGAUCGAGCGGAAAAAAAAACAAAGGACGAGAUUACCUGUAAUGUUAAGCAUUGGAUUACAUAAAGAUAUAAUAUAAGUGUGUGUGUGUAUGGAUCGGACGUCGAGCUAGUCUCUCGUAUGUAUGAUUACCGGGGCUGCGCGACCAGAAUGCGGUGUACAGUGGAUCAAGGCUUGCACAUGCGGACGGACAGAGAGAGGGAAAAGUGCGCACUCGAGGAUCCAACUAGUGACCUGGCGCUCUCUCUCUUUCUCUCGGCAAUUCGGCGAUUUUACGCCCAAGUUGGUGGUGUUUGCGCCUGCCUGGGUCGCACGUACACAUCCCGCGGUGACAGAGACUCGUGCGAGCUGUUUCGUGGCUCGUAAACUUAAAUUACCGCGCGCUCUACUCCCUUCCCGUGAUAUCUCCCGAAUACCGAGCGAGCACGCGUAUACACAUAUUAUGUGUACGCCCUCGUGAUAUGGUGAGUAACAAAAGGAUACCAUGUGUAUACCUGACGCGUGUCGGGACAUACAGAUGUGGACAAAAAGGUGUUAUUAACACUCCGAACCCAAUAUCUUCCCAAACUACCCUCUUAUCCCCCCACGACACUGUCCAGUAUACGUAUAUAUGAAUAUUGCAUACACGCGUGAGUUUGAGACGGUGAUGAAAAUAAAAAGAAAAGCGAGAAUAUGUGUGAAUACGUCUGCGAAAGAGCCUUUGUGUGGUGUGACGUGGAUUUGCCGUUGCUAUGAGUAUUUUCGGUUUUACCGUAUACGUGUACGUGCACGAGUUCAACAAACUUCUUUUAUUUCAUUUUCUUAUUUGCAGGAAAUUGACUUUUUUUUUUCGUAUCCAUAAACUAUGUACUUUGGCGAAAGAAAGUUAGUAAGCCUCGGAACAAAGAGUCAUUGUGGUUGGGUUUUGAGAGCUGACUAUCGAGUCCAAGAAUUGGCAUUUAGAAAUCGUGGCUUACGUUUUAUUAAUAUUAAGAGCAUAAAUAAAUUAUGCCAAAAAGUUGUUUUGGGUUUUCUUAUUGUCUCUUUUCAUUCGAAAUAUUUUGCCUUUGUUGAUCUUGAUCUUUUUUGUUUGUUUAUUACUGCGUGAAAAAAAACAUAUUACACAAACGGCUGUAGCCUGGGGUAAGUUGGACUUGGCGUUUUCAUUGCGCAAGUGUACAAUGGAGAGCAGGAAAUUGCGAUGACUCGAGGGCUGUACCCUCUUCUCAUCGCAGCCACAAUCAUUUGACGUCGCAUGAUAUUAAAACACGAUCCCAUUCCCAUCGUCUUACGUUGUCGAGUUACGAGAGCAGUGCGCAUUAACCUCUAGAAUUAAGAUUGUAAAUAUUUCGACUUUCCGGAGUGACUAAAUUGUUGCAUUACGAAACUAAAAAAUGGGGGAAAAAAAAACAAAAUGAGCGAUCUUGUUAGACUGACGAUAUGUAACAUGAAAACGAUUUGUCGAGUGAAGUUUCACGAAUGGGUACAUGUAUAUUUAAAAGAAAAACGUACGUAUAUAAAUAUAUAUAUAUGAGUUGUAUCGAUCCAUUGGGACAUUUUAGCCGAAUAACGAUGAAUAAAUUGUUGAUAUGUGUAAAUAAAUUUUAUUUAUGUAGAGAGUAAACACUUUGGCGGAGCCAAGCAACGAUCGGUUGACUUCGAUUUAACGCAUGUUUGUUUUGUUUAUUUUUAUUUUAUAAAUACCUUACCUGGCAACGUAUCACUCUUACAUUUGCAGAAAAAAACGUUUCAUGAAAUAGACUGUAAGGUAUGUAAUUGGUAUAAAAAAUUUAAGUCUUUACGAUGACGCUUUUAAGUAAAGAGUAUUAUAUUAUUACUUUGUACCAAGCAACCAAAUGUCUGAUUUGUCUGUACACCGAAUAAACAGUUACUGUACUAUCUAUAAAAACGUAAAAAAUGAAAUGCGUAGGGUAAACUUUCUACACUGUGAAAUUGUGUUUUUGUUGUUAAUGUUUCUAUUAAGGAAAUAAAGUCAAAUUUAAAA